AUGGGCGCCGGCCGUAGCUGUGAGGAGACUAGCGCCGUUCGUCCUGAUUUCACUUCUUGCCUCGAUGCUUGCUCGCCGUCGAUGAGCUUCGAACAGCUGCCGUUCAGCCUUGUGCCGGCAUCCGUAAAAAGCCUUCGGCGUGGUGGCCUUAAGCCGAAGUUCGACCGCAUCCGCGCUUACUUAUCGGAUUUUACGCAUCGCAUCCAGGCCGGUGUCUCAUCGAUCCUCCGGCUAGCCGUUGUCGCGUUGUGGUAA